UUUCUGCUGAAGAACUUUUGUUUGCGACUACCGAACAGGUCGGAAAACUUCARCCACAAACUACACAAAACCUCGCUUUACCCGUUUAAACUAAACCACGCAGGGGAAAACUACGAUAAGGAGCAGCGAGCGGAGAGACGAAGUGAAAUGCCUUUGACGAGGGGAAGGAAAUUCUCAGCCACUGCUGGGAGCAGGUUACCCAGCCUGACUGCAGUGGCGACGGAGAACCAGGAGGAAGGCUCCCAGGUGAAGAGGUCCUCCUCUCCUCCUCGUGGAGCUCCCAGGAAGAGGACUGCUUUCAUAGACAUCACCAAUGCUCACAAGGUUCAGAUCAGCCUUCCAGGGAGGAAGAAGAAAGAUGCAGUGAAGAAGUCUGUUAAGAAGACAAACUCCACUUCAGUUCCUGCGAAGAAUCAAACAAACUCCAUAAAGUCAUCUGUGAGCUCAGAGGGAACAUCUACUGAGAGGGAGAAGACUGAUACAGAGGAGGAGGAGGAGAAGAAGCAUGUCUCAUCCCCAGCAGAGGAGCUGGUGGAAGCUCCGCCCCCUGCUGCUCAGAAAACACCAGCACACCUUCAGAAACAAACAAUCCCAAAGGAGUUUGACAUCGACUCUGAGAACUCUGAGGACUGCUACAUGUGUCCGGAGUACGCAAAGGAUAUCUUCGACUACCUGAAACAGAGAGAGGAGAAGUUUGUCCUCUCUGACUACAUGUCCACACAACCCAGUCUGAACCCAGAGAUGAGGGCGAUCCUGGUCGACUGGCUGGUUGAAGUUCAGGAAAACUUUGAGUUGUACCACGAGACCCUCUACAUGGCCGUUAAGGUGACGGACCACUACCUGUCCAAAACCCCCAUCCAGAGGGAGAUGCUGCAGCUCGUCGGCUCCACGGCCAUGCUCCUGGCCUCCAAGUUUGAGGAGCGCACCCCGCCUUGUGUCGACGACUUUCUUUACAUCUGUGACGAUGCGUACAAGAGGGAGGAGCUCAUCUCCAUGGAGGCCAACAUCCUGCAGACGCUGUCGUUCGACAUUAACAUUCCCGUCCCGUAUCGMUUCCUCAGGCGUUAUGCCAAGUGCGUGAGUGCUGGGAUGGACACUCUGACUCUGGCUCGCUACUAUUGUGAGAUGAGUCUCAUGGAGAUGGACCUGGUACCAGAGAGGGGCUCACUGCUGGCCUCAGCCUGCCUGCUGAUGGCGCUGGUCACCAAAGACCUGGGAGGAUGGGCUUUCAGGUCCCCCUGACGAUAAACUGAAAGCCAUCAGGAACAAAUACUCUCAUAAGGUGUUUUUUGAAGUUGCAUCUCUGCCUUUGGUUAAUAUGGACAUUUUGGAGAAAACAUUAACCUCCCAAUGAAGACCUCGAUUCUUAAACUGAUAAAAUAAAGACCAAGUGAAGUAAAACCUUCUUUUCUACAAAGCAUGUACAUAUUUUGUUCAUAUGUUUUAUAUUUAUAUAUGUAGUCCACUCUGUCUUUUAUAAUUGGAAAAAAAACUAUUCCUAAUUCCAAAAGAAAGUUUUAACUUGACUAUUUAUCUUUAAGCAUGUUAUUAUUCUUUUUGAAUAAGUGUUUUAUAAAAAGAUAAAAGCAUCUUAAUUCAUUAGUAAUGCCUAAUCUUUGACUGUAUAUAAUGCAAAACUGAAAAUGAGUAAAAUAAAAGUGAAAGGCUUCAUGUUACUAAKAAGUGAUGCACUAGCCCGUAUGUUUUAUACGUUUUUCAUACUUUGUUAAAGUUCGCAGCUGUGUAUAAAUGCAUUUUGAUGUUUGUACAGCRUUUAUCAUGUUUUAAGACGAGCAGAUUAUUUGCUGUUUUAAACGGCUGUCAUGUGUCAGUGUAAAAUAAAGAACCAUUUUUUUAAA